CUGAUGGAAUUAUUGGAAAGUUUUUAAAGUUAUCCUUGAUUGUUUUUUAUUAUAAUAAUAGUGAUCUGAAACAUGUAUCCAACCGGACACGCUUGAUUUGGAUUCCGUCACUCGCCCAUAAAGGAGCAAGCAACAAAUUCAACGGAUCAAACACUACUCUAAAACAUAAAUCUGUAAGACUGAAUACAGAAAAAAAAUAUUCAGACAUUUCCUCACAAGACUAUCAAAGUUGCCCCGUUCUACGGUAGUCAUUUAAUGAAAAUAAACUGAAAAAUGGGCCUCUGCUUAGGAAAACCUCGCUCACCCCACUUACCUGACUCGAAAAGAAAACCCCAGCAGGAAAGUGCCACCUCGCAAAUAUUUCACGCUGCAGUUUUCCGCCGACCGUCUAGCUGGCUGGCGAAUUUUUGCGUGAUCACAAAUUCCGUUGAAGUAGUCAGACGAUGAUCGCCCUCCUGUGGGUCGUGCUUUCGAUAACGAUUGCGGUUCUAGUCCAACGGCAGUGGCAAAAGAAAGUGAAGUUCGCGGGUGCUAUUCCUCGAGCGAAACCGUAUUAUCCCGUGGUAGGAAACCUUCCGUUGGCUCUGGGGAAAACCUCCGAUGAAUUGUUUAGCUCUUUGUACGACUGCUUCCGGCAGCAUGACCGCUUGUUCACGCUGCAGUUUAGUACGAUUGUGGCGGUAUGUUUGUCCCAUCCGGAAUUGAUACAGCGCGUUUUGAACCAUCCUGAUUGCCAGGAGAAGCCUGAUGUGUAUAAAGUGGUGCGAUUACCGAAGGGACUGCUCGCUGCUAGAUACAACACAUGGAAGGUGCAUCGAAAAAUCUUGAACUCGACAUUCAACUCAAAAAUUCUUCAAAGUUUCUUGACUAUUUUCAACAAUAGCUCCAGGAGACUGAUUGAGCGAUUGGAUCACCACGCAGACAGAGGCAAAAGUUGCAACAUUCUAGAGUACAUUUCGGAGUGUACUUUGGAAAUGAUUUGCAGGACUUCGUUGGGUGGGAGAGCACUCGAGCGAGAUGGACGACAAGAUUUCAUCGAAAAUCUGGAAGUAGCCCUGACUGCGCUCGGCAAGCGAAUCCUCAGCUUUCCGCUGCAUAACGAUUUCAUCUACCAGUUCACAACGCUGUAUCGCGAUGAGAUGAAAGCCAUCAGCACGUGUCAUCAGUUUACGGAUAAGAUUAUCGCCGAAAAGCACGUCGAAUUCAAGUCCCUCUUUGAUGAGAGAGAAAAAUCGAAGGAAAGGGAAACGCUUCAGGAGAACGACGACGAGUCGGAAAGUUACAAAAGACCGCAAAUCUUCAUAGAUCAACUGAUGAAGAUGCCCUUGAUGAUGAAGGAUGCUUAUAGCUUCAGUGACCAAGAUAUUUCCGAUCACGUUUACACAAUGAUUGUGGCGGGAAAUGAAACAUCAGCUACCCAAUUGGCGCACACCUGUCUGCUUCUAGCCAUGAAUCCUGAAGUUCAAGAGAAAGCUUAUCAAGAAGUUAAAGAGGUUGUGGUAUCGUCGGAUGUGUUCAUUGACAUGGAUACGCUGAAACAGCUGGUUUACGUAGAAGCGGUGCUGAAGGAAGCGAUGAGACUGAUUCCGGUAGCUCCACUGAUUGCUAGGGAGAACAUUCGCGAUAUUGAGCUGGACGGGCAUCUAAUUCCGAAGGGAACUGUCCUGCUUAUGAACAUGUAUGCGCUGCAUCGUCGAAAUGACGUCUGGGGAUCUGACUUUGAACGGUUUUAUCCGGAGCGUUUUCUCGGAGAAACGGCGAAACGUAGACAUCCGUAUGCGCAUCUUCCCUUCAGUGGAGGACCACGGGGUUGCAUCGGUUAUCGGUACGCUAUGAUGAGCUUGAAAAUUUUGCUCGCUUUGAUUUUGAAGAAUUUUGAACUCAGCACCGACUUGAAGUACAACGAUAUUAAAUAUCAUUAUCAGAUUUCUCUGAAUUUAGCGAUUCCACAUGCCGUCAGUUUAAAACGUAGGUUGUAGAAUAAAAAAAUAAAGAUAUAGUAGUUGAAUUACCUUAUUUUUACUUAAUAUAUUUACAAAUCGACUACAGUUGUUCC